AACAUGCAGAAAGCUGCCUGGCUCAGCGGCUCUGAGGCAGCUGAAUGCUGAUCUCAUUGGGGCCUCAUAGUGUCUCAGCCCGCGGACAGGUGUGUGUGUGUGGGGGGGGGUUAACCCAGGUUAACGUGGGUUAACCCGGGUUACUGAGCAGCCCGCCUGCGCUCCCUCACAUGAAAACACUGUUUGCUAACCAGCUAGCAGCCGUUAGCUCACCGCCUGUCUGACGACGGCGGGCGGACACACCGCCGGUGAGCGGGACUGUGAUGUUUGUGUCGGACACGCCACAGCCGACCCCCCUGGCCCGACUUCCCGGGGAGUGGUGUGGAAGUCAGAGCGGCCCGGCGGCGCACGGGAGGCGGGCUGAACCACGGAUAACCCCCGCCGUGGUGACAGCAGCUAAAGUAGAGACUUAGCAGUAAGUUUGUGACGUAUUCCCGCUAACCCCGCUCCGCCGCGACAGGCCGCGGAGAAAACCAGCGCACUUUAAGUUGAAUAAAACACACGACAGAAGCGGCUCUGCGGCGCGAGGCGGCGGCGCGUGAAGGAGGAGAAAAUGUAAAAAGCCACUUACAGUCUGUCCUCUCCGCUCCGCACGGCGGCCAUUUUUAUUUAAAUAAAUAAUUUUAUAUAAAAAAAAAAGCCUCUAAACAUCUCUGCUCCCUCCUGCUGCACCCCGCCCCCCUCCGCUCACCAAACACCGCGAGACCUGCGCCGACAUGACGUCAGGCAGCUCGGAGGCCCUGUAAUCCCGCGAGACGUGACAGAUGUUCGACACCGGAAACAAAGUGAUGUUGUGUGAGUUUCAGUUCGCAAAGCUGAAGUUUUACACGUCAUCAGUUUCCUGCACGAACCUUCACACGCGUCUCCGCGCUGCGGGGCCCCUGCUCACAUGCUUUUGUUCUGAAGGAGCACUCACCGGAAGCGUCUCUUAUUGUGGUGAGCUUGGCGGCGGGGCGGAAGCAGCUGAACCCGUGAGGCAGCGGUGGAGCUCGGUGACUAAACGGGCAGAUGUUGCAGAUGUUACCGUUUUACCGGAUUUUUCCGGACUGAUCCGUGUCCCGGUGUGACCCCUCCCCCCUCCACGCACACACAGCGUGUCGCUGUUAGCCUGUUAGCCUGUUAGCUUCAGAGGUGUGUCAAGUGAUAACAUGUCGGGGGGAGACCCGAGGGGACAGUUUCUCUAUAAACUACCGCCCAAAGUCCUCUGGGACUUCUGCCGGGUCAUGGACGGACUGUCAGACCUGGACUGGACCAACUUCGCCUCGGAGGUCCUGUGCGAUCAGACCGAAGUGCGAUUGGCUGAGAGGAACGAGAGGCGGACCGACUGGGUGAUGAACCAAUGGAGUAACAGGAACGGUCGAGUCGGGGAGCUGAUUGACCUAUUAGAGCGUCUGCAGCUGUUCCGACCCCAAGAUGUCAUCCUCAGCUGGACAUCCGUUCUGAAGCCUGUCUCGCCCCCCCCACCCCCUCCUGAAUUCUCUUCCUCUCAGUUCGACCCCCCUCCCAAACCAUCUGUGGCCCCGUCCACUGAGAGCACCCGCAGACUGACAGAAGAUAAAGGAGGAGGAAGACCACUCCCGCGACCUGCCCCACCCCCCUCCAAUCUGCGGUCUGAAUGCCACUCAUCACACCCAGAGGCAACCCCGGUGGUAGUGUGUGGCAGCGGAGGCGGGGUGAUGUGCUGGUCAUAUGACGAGGUUCAUGCUCGGACACAUGGGUUCUCCACCUCCCUGCAGGUGGGCGAGGGGGGGUUUGGAGUUGUUUACAGAGCGACUCUGGGAAACACAGAUUGCGCCGUCAAGAGACUUAAACAGGACUGUGUGUUGGACUUGACUUUUCUGAAACAAACUUUCCAGACAGAAGUGGAGAAACUUUCAAAGUUCAGACAUCCAAACAUCGUGGAUCUGCUCGGUGUCUGUGAAGGAGGAGGAUCGUUGUGUCUCAUCUACAGCUACAUGGACAACAGAUCACUGGAGGAGCAGCUACACAACCAGUGUGAUGUCCUCACCUGGUGUCAGAGACUCAGUAUUGUUAAAGAUGUGUCUUCAGCAUUGGCGUUUCUCCACUCCCCCCCCGACAGACACGCACCGCUUAUUCACGGAGACGUCAAGAGCUCUAACAUCCUGUUGGACCGCCACCUGGUGGCAAAGCUGGCAGACUUCGGUCUGGCUCGGUUUGGGUCUAGCAAGUCAACGAGAAGCCCUGCCACUCGGACGGUGUCAGUGGGUAAAACAGAGACGGUCAGAGGAACGCUGGCGUAUCUGCCUGACGAGUAUGUGAGGAAGGGAGAGCUGGGGACCGAGGUGGAUGUCUACAGCUUUGGAGUGGUGUUGUUGGAGGUGUUGACUGGACGUCGUGCUCUGGAGAGAGACGGGAAGUCAGGAGAGAGAUACCUGAAAGACCUGGUGGAGGAGGUUGAGGACAGUCUGACUGGCUCGUGUGCAGCAAUGUGGAAGAAGCAGCUGGACCAGCGGCUAACAACAGGGGGCGCUGCAGAGCCUGCUGAGUGGAUGACUGUGUUGGCUCUGGCCUGCAUCUGUUUGGACAAGAACAGGAAGAAGAGGCCGGCGAUAAGCGAGGUCUUUGAAAAACUCAAGGAUGUCCACAACCUGGUGACAGGGACCAACUCUUCCUCCUCUUCCCUCCAUCACCCUCUUCCCCCUCACCCUCAUUACUCCUCCCCGUCCCUCCCCCGUCCCUCUAUGUCCAUCAACUCCAGAGUAGAAGCUCUAUCCAAAAAGAUCUCCAAACUGGGACCACUGGAGGACCCCGCCCGGCCACCCCAGCCCUCCUCCUCUUGUGUUGGCCCCUGUGAGACUGAUGAGAGUCAAGGAUUCUCUCAUUUCAGAUCAGACAGGACCAGCUCCACCUCUCUGUCCACCAGAGACCAGCAUCACUGUGGCCCCUCAGAGUUCACGUCUGUCCCCACUGAGGACCAGUACAACUUCCCUCCUCAGCCAAGCUGCUCCAACAACAAGCCAGGGGCCUGGGCUCUCACAGGGCCUGACGACCAAGGUCAGAACUCAGCGCGGCUUUACGGUGUCCCAGAAUACCUCUCUCCUGCAGGGUCCCUGCAGUCGCAGUCCUCGUCCCUGGGGCCCUCAGGUCAGAACGAGCAGAAGAGGACGGAGCUUCUGUCGUCUGAUGACCUCUAUGGAGAGGGCGGGGCUGCGGGCUCCAGACGACCCGAGGAGAGCGAUGAGCUCGAUUACCUUCCUGCCAAACACGACUGAUGGAUGGUGACAUCAGAGAGGUCAGAUGACAGCGUCUCUUUCCUCAGGACCAAAGAGUCUGUGAACUCAGAUGACGACCUGCGCUGUCACAUUAACUGUUAAUGUUCCACUUGUGCCUCUCAGCACAGACGUGCUGUGUCCACACACACAUCUUCCACAGGUUGGAGGGAUCAGUGAAGGGGUCCUGAGGCCCCCCCGGGCCAGAACCUCGGUUUGAAGUGAGUGUCAUUAAAGUUUGUUAAACUACCACGGGGGGGGGCAGGACUGUCCCCGCUGAUCAGACCUGCAGAUGUGAAUCAAUCAUACGUAUUUAUUCUGAUGAUACAUAUUUCACUAGAUAUGAAAAUUAUCAAAUGACUUUGAUAAUUUGGAUUUAUAUUUUCAUACAUAUUUCACAUGUGAAACAAAUAAAGUCGUCAUGGCUCCUCCCACA